AUGAGGCUCUUACUGCAUAAUUAUGAUGGAGUUGAUAGAGAUCUUACAGCGGACGUUGUUGAUGCAUUUUCGUCUUCCAUUGCUAAUUCUAUAGAUGUAGAGGCAAGAGAGAAAGAGUUGAAGAAGCAAAAAGCGUUAGGGAAAGCUGCCAAGUUCCAGGCACAACAAGCGAAUGCGGCUUCGAAGAAGAAUGUGAAGUGUGGAAAUAAGGAGGACGAAAAUGCAGCUGAUUUUGUUGAUCCUCCAACUCCGGUUGGCGAGAAGAAGCAGCUUUUUAAGCUGAUGGCCAAACAGUACAGUACAGAUGCCGUGGAGAAACAGUGGUAUCCGUGGUGGGAGAAAUCAGGGUGCUUUAAAGAAAAUGCUAAGAGCUCCAAACCUCCUUAUGUGAUUGUAUUUGCGCUUUUGCCGCCUCCGAAUGUAACCGGCGCGCUUCAUAUUGGCCAUGCUCUUACUGCUGCUAUCGAGGACACAAUGAUUCGUUGGCGAAGAAUGUCAGGAUACAAUGCCUUGUUGGUGCCUGCUGGAAUGGACCAUGCUGGGAUUGCAACUCAGGUUCAUGGAGGAAUUUGUACUUGGUUAAAGAAAAAGUGAAUACAAUUAAUAUAGGGCCAAUGAUAAAAAGGUACAGUUAGAUGUAAUAAAUGAUAACACAGUUAAUAAAUGUUCAUUGAUGAUAAAACAGUACCUCUAUUUAAAUCUCUUAAAGCGUUGCCC